AUGCCGCGCCCGACCUUGUCCUCCAAACUCUCCCUCCCCUCCCGCCUGAAGAACAACCAUAACAAUACCAACGCGCCCACUUCCAAUCCCGCCAGCGUCCCCACGAGUCGUCGCACGAGUCCCCUGCGCACAAUGUCUGAUUCCUCAAAGCCGGGACUCGUCUUGAAGGCCAAUGUGAUCAAGGGCAGGAACCUGGCCGCAAAGGACAGAAGCGGGACCUCUGAUCCAUACCUCGUUCUCUCCUUAGGCGACGCAAAGCAAGCUACCCCUACGAUCAAUAAAACAUUGAAUCCUGAAUGGAACUGUGCGCUCGAACUCCCGAUUGUAGGCCCCCAGAGCCUGCUUCUCGAGGUGAUAUGCUGGGAUAAGGACCGCUUCGGGAAGGAUUACAUGGGCGAAUUCGAUGUCCUGCUCGAGGAUGUCUUUCAACAGGGUGCGACUAGCCAGGAGCCGAAGUGGUAUCCCUUGGAGAGCAGACGCACCGGGAAGAAGAAGGCCGUGGUUACAGGAGAAAUCCUAUUGCAGUUCUCCCUCGCAGACACAAGCAACCCAUCCGCCACCCCCGAGCAAGUCGUGUCCCGAUUCAUGAGUUACACCUCCUCUAGUAGCCCUGACGAGGAGGAAGACGAAGCUUUGUUACGUCUUGACAGUGGAGAGAACGACGACAUCGAUGAGGAGGAUGAGAGCUCCGAUGACGUCAAUGACGAGUCGAAGAAGGCUGAGAAGAGAGAGAGGCGGCGGAAGAGGCUCCGGCUGGCAAAAUUGAAGAAGAAGGCUACACUGCAUGCAUACGAGUUCUCUGACAAGACUGAGGUCGCUGGCGUGUUGUUUUUGGAGAUCGUGAAGAUCACCGAUCUACCGCCUGAGCGCAACGUUACUCGCACGUCCUUUGACAUGGAUCCUUUCGUGGUCACUUCACUUGGAAAGAAGACCUACCGUACGCAGGUCGUCCGACACAAUCUCAAUCCGGUAUACGAAGAGAAGCUUGUCUUCCAAGUUCUGAGGCAUGAGACGAACUAUGCCAUGAACUUUACGGUCAUCGAUCGUGACAAGUUCUCUGGAAAUGACUACGUUGGAGCUGUCAACUUCCCUGUUGAAAAGGCAGUUGCUGUUGCGCCCGAAGCCGACCCCGUAACAGGGCUUUACAAACUUCCAGAGCCUUCAGACUCCCCGGGCAUUCCUGAGGCUAGGAGAUCGAGAUUCCGUCUCCCGAUGUCCCGAUCAUCAUCCGCUCAUAGUCUUUCCCGCUUGGCCCGACCAUCACUAAAGAAAGAGAACUCUCAGAGUUCAUUGAGCUCCCAAACAAAUGUGUCCACCCUCGCAGGAUCCGCACCCCAGACUCCAGGAAUUGACUCCAGUGGAAACUUGGCACCGCCAGUCCCAGCUAUCAAUGUUGACCCUUCCACAGUCGACGACCAGGAUCUCAAGCUCUAUAUAUUGCCCCUCGAGAUGAAGAACAAGGAGAGAUGGGAGGCGAAGCAUAGCCCUACUCUCUACAUUCGCGCCAAGUACCUGCCCUACAAAGCACUGAGGCAGCAGUUCUGGAGAGCGAUGCUCAAGCAGUACGAUGCCGAUGAUAGCGGCCUCAUCGACAAGGUCGAAUUGACUACCAUGUUGGAUACCUUGGGCUCUACGCUGCAUGAGUCUACUAUCGACGGAUUCUUCAAACGAUUCUUGAAAGAGAACAACGGCGAGGAGGUCCUGACCUUCGAUCAGACUGUCAUCGUGCUAGAGGACCAAUUGCAGAGCACUCAAGAGCGUGACCUUGCCAAAUCUUGGAGAAGCCAUCUGACAGCAUCUGCAACGGAUCUUUCCACACCUGGAACACUUACCCCCUCCCUGGAUUCCGGCACUCAGACGCCAUUGAAUGUACAUCCCUCACAGACAUCUAUACCAGCUCUUCAGACUGAUACGCUUGGUCCGGAGGGUGAAGAAGGUGACAUCAUCGAGCCCGAUGAUCUUGGAGAUGAGAAGGGCGAGGAACAUGUUAUUGAAAUUCGCGAAUGUCCUAUCUGCCAUCAACCGAGGCUCAACAAGAAAUCAGAUGCCGACAUCAUCACCCACGUAGCCACCUGCGCCAGCCAGGACUGGAGACAAGUUAACAACUUGGUCAUGGCAGGUUUUGUCACUGCUAGCCAGGCCCAACGCAAGUGGUAUUCCAAGGUCAUUACUAAGAUCUCAUACGGAGGAUACAAAUUAGGCGCCAAUUCUGCGAAUAUCUUGGUGCAGGAUCGUAUCACGGGCCAGAUCAACGAGGAGCGAAUGAGUGUUUAUGUUCGCUUGGGCAUCCGUCUACUGUACAAAGGCUUGAAGACGAAUAACAUGGAGAAGAAACGAAUCCGAAAAUUGCUUCGGUCCCUCAGCGUCAAACAGGGAAAGAAGUACGAUGAUCCUGCGUCUGCAGCAGAGAUCGCCGGUUUCAUCAACUUCCAUCAAUUGGAUAUGUCUGAGGUCCUACUGCCUACUUCCGAGUUCAAGAACUUCAACGAGUUCUUCUAUCGUGCAUUGAAACCGGAUGCUCGUCCUUGCUCCGCGCCUGAUGACCCGAGAGUCAUUGUGUCUCCAGCGGACUGCCGCACGGUCGUCUUUAACACACUCGACCAGGCGCAAUCUAUAUGGGUCAAAGGCCGCGAGUUCACCGUGUCACGUCUCCUUGGCGAUGCCUAUCCUGAGGACGCAAAGCGCUAUGUUGGAGGAUCUCUGGGUAUCUUCCGUCUGGCUCCACAGGACUACCAUCGCUUCCACAUCCCUGUUGAUGGUAUCAUGGGUGAGCCCAAGACAAUUGAGGGUGAAUACUACACUGUGAAUCCCAUGGCGAUCAGAUCAGCUCUGGACGUUUACGGCGAAAAUGUGCGUGUCAUUGUGCCCAUCGAUUCGGUAGCCCACGGGCGGGUCAUGGUUAUCUGCGUGGGUGCCAUGAUGGUCGGUAGCACAGUUAUUACCCGCAAGGGCGGCGAAGAGGUCAAGCGAGCCGAGGAGCUGGGCUACUUCAAGUUCGGCGGCAGCACACUUCUACUACUGUUCGAGCCCGGCCAGAUGCAGUAUGACGAUGAUUUACACGAGAACUCUCGUGGCGCUCUAGAGACUUUGGUCCGUGUUGGUAUGUCCGUCGGCCAUAGUCCAAACAGAGGUGCCUACAUGCCCGAUAUGCGCAAGGAAAACCCAUCCCACGAAGAGAAGCAGCAAGCCAAACGCCGCAUCGAAGGCAGUCUUGCCCCUGAGGGGGUUCGUGGGCCUAUGCCUGGCGCAGGGAUGUAG